AUGGCUUUUCGGGCUCGCUCCGUUGCCCUUCUUCGUUGGGGGUUGGAGCCGAGAUCAUCACAGUUGAAUGUGUUGGGUAGGAGACGUGGGUUGGCGACGGUGUCGGAUGGGACGCGAGCAUACGAUGUGGUGGUCAUUGGAGGAGGUCAUGCAGGCUCCGAAGCCUGUGCCGCGGCUGCUCGUUCAGGCGCCCGAACCGCAUUAAUCACGCCCUCGCUAUCCAAUAUCGGUGUUUGUUCGUGUAAUCCGAGUUUCGGUGGAAUCGGAAAGGGUACUAUGAUCCGGGAAGUUGAUGCGAUGGAUGGUGUCGCGGGACGAAUCAUCGACAAGGCCGGUAUCAUGUUUCGCACGCUGAACCGAUCCAAGGGCCCGGCGGUUUGGGGUCCCCGUGCACAGAUCGAUCGCGAUUUAUAUAAGAAGUACAUGCAGGAGGAGCUGCAGGGAACGGAAGGAUUGAGUAUUGUGGAGGGUAAGGUUGCGGAUAUUGUGGUGUCGAAGGAUGGGGUCGAGCAUACUCCUGGGGCGCAGGGCAAGAUUGUUGGUGUUAGGCUGGAGUCUGGCGAGGUUAUACCGACUGGCAAGGUGGUCAUUACGACGGGUACGUUUUUGGGUGGAGAGAUUCAUAUUGGGCUUGAAGCGUACCCGUCUGGUCGGAUGGGCGAGGCUGCUACGUUUGGACUUAGCAAGUCUUUGCGGGAUGCUGGGUUCACGCUGGGUCGUUUGAAGACGGGGACACCUCCGCGGUUGGAUAGGAAGACGAUCAACUUUGCGCCGUUGGAAGUCCAGGAGGGUGACCACCCCCCGAGUCCGUUCUCGUAUCUCAAUGGCAGGGUUCAGGUCGACGACGAGGCUCAGCUUACUUGCUGGAUGACCUACACUAAUGACGACGUUCACGAUAUUGUCCGGGCGAACCUGGACAAGACCAUUCACAUCCGCGAGACUGUUAGGGGACCCAGAUAUUGUCCUUCGCUCGAGUCCAAGAUCAUCCGCUUCACCGAUAAGAAGCGCCAUCUGAUCUGGCUCGAGCCAGAGGGUUUCGCGCCAAACGACGUCAUUUACCCCAAUGGUAUCUCCAUGACUAUUCCUGCCGACGCCCAGUACGCCAUGCUGCGAAAGGUUCACGGUCUCGAGAACGUAACCAUGCUUCAACCCGGAUACGGAGUCGAGUACGACUACAUUGACCCGCGCAAUCUCCGCCCCACGCUCGAAACGAAACUUAUCAGCGGUCUCUAUCUCGCUGGUCAGAUCAACGGUACCACCGGCUACGAAGAAGCCGCCGGACAGGGUAUCAUCGCCGGUACUAACGCAGGAUUAUCCGCCCAAGGUCGGGAACCGCUCACUCUUCGCCGGUCCGACGCAUUCAUUGGCAUAAUGAUCGACGACCUCAUCACGAAGGGCGUCUCUGAGCCCUACCGCAUGUUCACGACACGAAGCGAAUACCGCAUCACCACUCGCUCCGACAACGCCGACCUCCGUCUCACCCGAAUGGCCCGCGAGGCCGGAAUCGUCUCCGACAAGCGCUGGCGCCACUUCACGGAAACAGAAGCACAGAUUAACGAGCUCCAAACCCUCCUCGAGAACACCAAGAUGUCCUCCUACGCCUGGGCGCGCAAGGGCUUCAAAGCCCGCAUCGAUCCCUCUCAACGCUCCGCCCUCGACCUCUUGUGUCUCAGCGAAAGCGACAUCGACUCUCUCAUCCCGCACAUCGAAUCCCCCACCGGCACCGUCUACUCCGCCUCUUCCUUCCCCCCGGAGAUCCGCAACCGCGUCUCCAUCGAAGGCCGUUACGCCCCCUUCGUGAUCCGCCAGGAAAACGCAGCCAAGAAAUCCCUCCGCGACGAGAACUUGUCUAUCCCCGCUGAUCUGGACUAUGCUACCGUGAAAGGCAUCAGCAUCGAGGAAAAGCAGGCCCUGGAGCGCGUCCGUCCCGUCAGUAUUGGCAUGGCGAGACGCAUCGAGGGCGUUACUCCAUCCGGUGUCCUGAGGGUGCUUAUGCACGUGCACAGGACCAGCCGGGAUAGGACUGCUCCCGCAUCGGAGGGACUUGAGGAGACCCCUGAUGAUGUUAUCAGCCAGGCGCCUUAA